CCCUCCCCUGGUGCCCCUCGGGGCUGUGCCCGCUCACGGCGCUCUCACCCCCGGGCACAAUCGAUCCCGUCACAGACCCUUCCCAACGUAGCCCCUGUCCCCGCUCCGGGUCCGACCCGAUCGCUUCGCACCCGCCUCCCCAUCCCUUCGGUACCCCCGGCCCCCCUCGGGCGCGAUCUCCUCCCGCCCCGCAGGACUCGAUCCCCGGCCGCGCAGGGCAGGAGCUGAGAGGAUCCCGUCCCUGAGCUGCCCCUCGCCAUGGCAGCUCUGAGCUCUCCUGCCCCCGCAGGACCCGCUCACGAACCAGAGCCCCCCCGGCACCGGCUGGGGAAGGGACACCGGGAGAUGCCCACCCUCCCAGGGAGGGAGCUUCCAGCAGGCUCCAUUGCCCUGCUGCAGUCAGACAUGUGCCCUCCUCCUCCUCUUCCUCCUUCUCCUGCCUGCAGCAGAGCCAGGCCUGGUUGUGGGGGCACUUCCCACUCAAACCCAGCCCCUCUCCCCGUGCCCCUGUCUCCAUCCCGGGCCUGGGAUCCAUCCCGGGCCCUCAGCCAGCCCGGGGUCCAGUUCCCACUGGGAUGGGGUGUAUGGUUUGGUGGCAGGCGGCUCACACCCCUGCUCCACACAGCCUGCCCUCCCUGCACCGCAGGGCUACAUGGCCAUGCUCGGGGCUCUCAGGGGUGCUGCCAGCUUUGGGGUUUUCCCCGGGUCCCGUUUUCCUUUGUGGCUAUUCUUCACCUGUCUGUGACUUGUUUUUGCAGAGCUGGUCGAGGGGAAUGUCGUACUGUCUCAACUCAGAAAGCCAUUUGGAUACUGGGCCAAUAUACGUGCGUGAAAAUGGGAAGCUGCACAUGGUAAAUCAGGGUGCAGGCAGCGUACACAAUGUCACUCCCAAAACAAGGCCUUUUAGUCUAUUUUCCAGAAGUUUUUCAGUGGAGCUUUGCAUGAACAGGGAGGACGAUAGGGCAAGGAGGCAGAGGACUGAUCAUUUCAUCUUCACAUACACUAAAGAGGGGAACCUCCGCUACUCGGCCAAGUCCCUCUUCAGCCUGGUGCUGGGUUACAUUUCUGACAAUGUUGAUCACAUUGACUCGUUGAUUGGUUUCCCAGAGCAGAUUGCUGAAAAGCUCUUUUCAGCAGCAGAAGCAAGACAAAAGUUCACAGAGCCAGUGACAGGACUGAGAGCUCUGCAGAAGUUCACUGAAGCCUAUGGCGGUUUGGUGCUGUGCUCACUGUGCUUGCGGAACAGAUAUCUGGUUAUCUCUGAAAAGCUUGAAGAAAUUAAGUCUUUCCGUGAGCUGACGUGUUUGGAUCUCUCCUGCUGUAAACUUGGAGAUGAACAUGAGCUGCUGGAACACCUCACCAAAGAGGCCCUGUCUAGUGUGAAAAGGCUUCUCCUGAAGGACAACUCCCUGUCAGAUGCUGGCCUGCGCAGGAUGACAGCGCCCGUCCGUGUGCUGAAAAAGGGCCUUGAGAAUCUGCUGGUGCUGGACUUGUCCUGUAACCCUAAAAUCACAGAUGUGGGAAUUGGAUACCUUCUUUCUUUCAAGAAAUUGAAUUGUUUGGACAUUUCUGGGGCAGGUCUCAAGGAUGUUGAUGCUGUCAUAAAGCGGCUCCAAACACAGAUAGGCCUGGUUCACUCUAAAGUGCCUCUGAAAGAAUUUGAUCACAGUAACUGCAAAACAGAGGGAUGGGCAGAACAGACAGUUCUGCAGUGGGAACAGGCAGUUAUGGAGGCCAUGAAGCCCCAGGACAACUUGAGAUCCAGAGUAGCAACUCUUCACUUCUAUGGCAAGACACACAGAAUAAAGGAAGUAGUCAAAUGCACACUGGUGGAGCCAGAAACUAAAGCAUCUGGAAACUUGCAGUUUUAUAAGGAAAACAUUCAGAAUUGCCAUUUACCUUUGAAAAAGGAGGUUGCAGGCAGCCAUGAAUUAAAGAACAAUAAAAAAAGAGCUUUGUCUGAACAAGAGAGAGAAAGGACUUCCAAACAGAAGCAUCUGUGCCUCACUGUGGAGGACUGGGAUUUGUUAAAUACCUACUGAGUCAGAAAGAAGUGUCUCUUUUGUUUGUUCUCUUGCUGAUGACAGGAUUUGGACAUACUGAGAGGGAGUGACAAAGGAGACAAGUUAAAUUUGGUUGCUGUGACUUGCCUGUGGGGUAACCUGUGCUGGGGAAGGGAUAGAGACAAGAAGGUUGGUAAUGCUACUGUAUAUUUUCAAUACAUGAUAAUUUUUUCAAAUAAAGUUUUUGUUGUCAUCCUUAAC